AUGCCAUCCCCUCCUGCAUGUGCCGAUGACCUCUUCCCCAACUUCACCACCCACACCCUACCCACCCCCCACGGCACCACAAUCUUCGCCCGCGUCAGCCCCGACAAAUCCAAACCGCCCCUCCUGCUUCUCCACGGCUUCCCUCAAACCCACGCAGAAUGGCACAAGCUCGCGCCCCUCCUAACACCCCACUUCACACUCAUCCUUCUCGACCUGCGCGGAUACGGCGCGUCCUCAAUCCCACAAAGCUCAAACGGCUCAGCCUACACCAAGCGCCUAAUGGGCCAAGACUGCCUCUCCGUAAUGGAGCAGCUGGGAUACAGCAGCAGCAACAACAGUACCAAGAAGUUCUCGAUUAUCGGCCACGACCGCGGCGCACGGGUCGCGUACCGUCUCGCCUUCGAUGCCCCUGAACGCUUGGAAAAAGUCGUGGUGAUCGACGUCGUACCCACGGCCUCAAUGUUCGCGCGGUUCGGGGAUCCGGCUGCCGCACUGAAGGCGUACCACUGGCUUUUCCUCGCGCAGCCGGCGCCGUUUCCGGAGAAUAUGAUUGGGAAGGAUGAUGGGGGGGGAUUAUUCCUUGAGCAGGCGCUGAGUAGUUGGACGGGGGCUGGGACGUUGGAGUGUUUUGAUGGGGCCGCGAUGGAGAGGUAUAGAGAGGCGUACUGCGUUGAGGAGCGCAUCCAUGCGACGUGUGAGGAUUACCGCGCCGGUGUGCAUUAUGAUCGUGUGUAUGAUGAGGAGGAUUUGGAGGGUGGGAGGAAGAUUACUGUUCCGGUUUUGGCGGUUUGGGGGGAGGAGGGCGGGUUUACGGGGCCGAGGAAGAGUGAGGUUGAGAAGGAGAGGGAGAAGAAGGAGGGGAAGCAGGAGCAGGGGCCGCUGGAGAUCUGGCGGAGGUAUUGUGUUGAUGUGAGGGGGAAGGGGUUUGAUUGUGGGCAUUUUAUUCCGGAGGAGGAGCCGGAGGCGUUGGCGGAUGAGAUUUUGCGGUUUUGCUGUGAUGAUAAAGCAGGACUUCCCAUAACCUCGGGGCCGGGGUAG